AUGGCCCUCAGCCUGAACCACGUCCACCUCAAGUCGCCGGACCCGCAGGCCACGGCAAAGUUCUACAUCGACACCCUCGGCGCGACCAAGGUCGCCGACGUGGGCGAAAUAGGCGUCCGCCUGGACCUGCAUGGACUGACCCUGAACGUCACCAAACACAUCGAGACCCAGACCCGCGAUCAGAAGUACGGCAUUGAGCACAUCGCCAUCGACGCAGACGACAUCCAGGGUAUGAUCGAUAUGCUCAAGGCCAACGGCGCCAAGAUCCUCGAAGAGGCCAGUGUCUCCGGCGACCGCCGCGUCGUCUUCUUCGAAGGCCCCGACGGCGUGCAGCUGGAGUUCAUCGAGAAAAAGUAG